AGCAGGACUCUGAGGUAAAUAGAGGCUAGGGCCCAGUCUGAAGAACUUUACAACAAGGAGUCACCUUGGUUAAUUUUCUGUGUACACAGGGAGCCUGGAGCCAGAGGGAAUGAGCCCUGGGAGCCUGGGACCUGGUCAGGACUUGGUGACAUUCAAGGAUGUGGCUGUGGACUUCACCCAGGAGGAAUGGGGCCUCUUGGACCCUCCUCAGAGGGAAUUGUACAAGGAGGUCAUGGUGGAGAAUGCCCGGAACCUGCUGUCCCUGGGCAUUCCAGUUCCCAGAGAAGAUGUGAUCUUUUACUUUAAGCAAAAGCAAGCACCCUGGGUGCUGGACCAAGAAUGCCUGAGGAGCUACUCUCCAAGAAGUGAGAUCAGACUUGAAAUGAAGAAAAGUAUUCAGAACCAAAACUUCACUUGCAGAGAACUUCAUGCUGCACAUGAAAAAAUACACACUGUAGAAAAACCUUAUGAAUGUAACCAGUGUGAAAAGAGUUUUACGAAAAGGCAAUCUCUAACUCGACAUCAGAAGAUCCACACUGGAGAGAAACCUUAUCAAUGUAACCAGUGUGGAAAGAGUUUUGAGAACAAGCAAUCUCUUACUAUACAUCAGAGUAUCCACACUGGAGAAAAACCUUAUGAAUGUAACCAGUGUGGAAAGACUUUUAGGUAUAAGCGAAAUCUUACUGUACAUCAGAGAAUACAUACUGAUGAGAAACCUUAUGAAUGUAAUCAGUGUGGAAAGCACGCCACACUACAGACCCAUCCCCCUCACGGACUGAACAUCAUCCCUAGCAUCGUCCCUGUCCAGCUUGAAGAAGCAAAUGACAGCCAUCGCCUGCGCCCACUUGUCCUGAUGUAA